AUGCUGGGGCAGGAUGUGCCGCCGGAAUACGUAAGGGAAGAACCAGACAGCGGGAAGAAAAAGAAGGACUAUUUCUACAACGUUAACCAGUCUAAAAUAGCCAUUGGCUCCGGCGGAUUGUACGGGAAAGGUUUCCUGAAUGGUACCUCCACCAAGAAUGAUUUUGUACCCGAGCAGCAUACCGAUUUUAUCUUUUGCUCCAUA